AUGCCAAGAAGUGAUACGAAGAAAAGCAAAAGGAGAAAGAAUAGGAAUAGAUUGAAAACAAAAAGAGCUCAGGAAUUUGGCCCAAAGGGAAUCGACCAGGUAAAAGAACAGAUUGAGGGUCAGAAGGAAAUAGAUUACGAUCCAGAACUUCCAGGACACGGCCGGUUCUACUGUUACGAAUGUGAUAGACACUUUAUUUCGGAGAAGGUCCUUAUUGAGCAUAGGAGGUCGGGGACACACAAAAAAAGAGUUAGGGAUAUGAGAGAAAUCCCUCAUUCCCAGAAAGACGCGGAGUGGGCUGUUGGAUUAAUAUGA